AUGCAGGCUAAUUUCCAUACACUCCUCUGGCUGCUGACCGCAGCAGCCUCAGUGGUCUUUGGGCUGUCAAUCACAAGCGCGACAACAACGACGCUGGGGGUUGAUGUCGAGGGCAGUGCGCGCCUCAAUGGCGGGAGCUUUCAGACGAGUGCGAUCACGUCGUAUAAUGGAUGGCAGUACGCAGCGUUCUAUAAUACAUCAGGCACAUAUGCACAGAACCUGGUGACGCUUGGCCGACGCAAGAUUAAUCCUGUUGCGGCGUGGGAGUUCAUUGUCUUUAAGGACUAUGUGCAGACCACUAUUGAUGGGCAUAAUACGAUCUCGCUGGGCAUCUCUACCGGCGAUGGUACCAUCCAUCUCAGCUAUGACCAUCACGACGUCCCUCUCCACUACCGCGUCUCGCAGCAGGGCGUCGCAACAAACCCAGCCUCCUACACAUGGUCCACCGCGCUCUUCGGCAGCACCCUCAACGCCCUCCCCGGCGCAACCGGCAUCUGGACACCCGUCACAUACCCGCGCUUCGAGCGAGUCGACAACGACCUCUUCUUCGAGCUCCGAAUUGGCGCCUCCGGCUCCGGCGACUCCUACAUCUACCUCUACAGCUCCAGCACGCACAGCUGGUCCCAAGUCGGUCGCUACCUCCAAGGCAGCGAUAACAACGCCUACAUCAACGGCAUCGACUACCUUUCGGGCCGCCUCCAAGCCUCCUGGACCUGGCGCGAGACACCCGACGUUGUGACAAACCACGACCUUGGCUAUGCCUACUCCGACGAUAAGGGGCUUACGUGGAAGAACAACGCCGGGACCACAAUUGCGAGCAUGAGCGCCGGCACGGCCAUUGGACCCACGACGAGCGGAAGCAUUGUGUACACGAUCCCGCAAGGGAGUGGGAUCUUGAACCAGGAGGGGCAGAUUGCGGAUGCAGCCGGGAGGUUCCAUGUGUUGAAUAGGGAGACGACGAGCGGCACCUAUUUGUGGUACCAUUAUUGGCGGAGCGCUACUGGCAUCUGGACCCGCAAUGCCCUCUCCAUCAGCGGCCUCGGUGCUCCCACCGCCACCGGCCUCCGCGGCAAGCUGGCAAUCGCCAACAGCGGCGAGCUCAUUGCGCUGAUCCCAUCCAACACAAACACAGAGGUGUACAUCUACGCAUCGACGGUCGCGGGGUCGUUCAAGGACUGGAAGCUCCUGUGGACAGGAACAGGAUUUAGUACGGAGCCGCUGUUCGACAAGGCGAGGUUGAAGGACCAGAAUAUACUCUCUGUGUUCUUCAGGCAGUCCGGGUCGUAUCCGGAUAGGAAGCUGCAGGUUAUCGAUUUUGCGCUGGGGUCGUAG